AUGAAGGUUUCCUGGUUGGGAUUGUCCCUCCUUUCACUGUUGGCCGUGCCUACAGUUGCCGCGCCCUCGGAGUCGGAGACAAAGGUUGGCAACCGACUGGAAAAACGGCGGAAUAAUCGUGGAGUCGAUGCUGAGGAGCCCUCGAUCUUUAAUGGUCUCGACGUCCCGCCGUUGCUUCAGUUGACACCCGACAACUACGAGGAGCUUACCAAAGAUGGAACUUGGCUCGUCAAGCACUAUUCACCAUCGUGCGCCCACUGCAGAAAGGCGGCGCCUGCCUAUCAGACCACAUAUGAAUAUUACUAUACUUCUAAUCCCAUUUCUCCCUCAUCCGCCAAAUCCCCCGACCCGAAGUCUCUGAAUGGUUUCACUAAAUACUACAACUUCCACUUCGCCUCCAUGAAUUGUCUGGCCCACGGAGACUUGUGCGAGAAACUCGGUAUCGGCGCUUGGCCGACCUUUGCGUUUUACGAGGAUGGUGCCCAGAAAGACAAGUAUGUUGGCGCCAAGUCGGUCGCGGAUCUGAGCAAGUUGAUCGAAGAGAAGCUCGAGGCGGUCAGGCCUGGCUCUCGUCCCCCGCAGGGUAUCAAAUUGCCCGAGGUUGGCGCAUCUGGCGUCGACCCAUCCGCCGAGCCCGAUUCUCCCAUUGCCGAAGAUAAGGAUUCCAAGGCCGGCACGCUGGCUGGCGAGCAGCACAACGACCUGGUUGCCCAGAAGUCGACGGAUGCGCCCGAUGCCGUGGUGAGCAGCGAGCCGGGUAGCGCUGUCACUGUGAAAGCGAAGCACAACGGACCUCCCCCUAACCCGCAAGGCAUUUCCGUUCCUCUCACUGCCGAAAGCUUCCAGAAGCUUGUGACUACGACCCAAGAUCCGUGGUUCAUCAAGUUCUACUCUCCCAUGUGCGGACACUGUCAAGCCAUGGCUCCUAACUGGAAGGAGAUGGCGAAGGAGAUGACGGAUAUUCUGAACAUUGGUGAAGUAAACUGUGAUGUCGAGACUCGCCUGUGUGCGGAUGCUCGAGUUGACGCUUACCCCACAAUCUACUUCUUCCGUGGCGGUCAGAGAGUUGAGUAUACUGGUCUGCGUGGCCUUGGCGACCUGCUUUCAUACACCAAGAAGGCUGUUGGCCCUGGAUCUGAGAUUGAGGACGUUGAUGCGGCUACUUUCAAAGAGUUGGAAGAGACCGAGGAGGUUCUUUUCUUGUACUUCUAUGACCAUGCGACCACCUCGGAGGACUUCCGGGCUAUGGAGCGCCUGACUCUUAGCCUCGUGGGCCAUGCUCGGAUCGUCAAGACUAGCAGCGCCGCCCUCGCUGAGCGAUUCAAGAUCUCCACUUGGCCUCGUCUCCUGGUUGUCCGUGAUGGUCGGCCCAACUACUACAAUGCUCUUGCCCCCAAGGAUAUGAGAGAUUUCCGCCAAAUGCUAUCCUGGAUGCAGACUGUCUGGCUGCCAAUUGUCCCCGAGCUCACGGCUUCGAACGCCCGGGAGAUCAUGGAUGGCAAGUUUGUCGUGCUUGGUAUUCUCAGCCGCCGCCGCUCCGACGAUUUCAAGCAGUCGAAGCGCGAAUUGAAGGAAGCUGCCUUUGAGUGGAUGGACAAGCAGAUUCAGCUGUUCCGCCUUGAGCGCUCGGAGCUUCGUGAUGCCAAGCAGCUGCGUAUUGAGGAAGCUGACGACCGCAAUGACCAGCGCGCUUUACGGGCUGCGAAGAAUAUGCGCAUCACCAUUCGUGAGGACGACAAGAAACCCGUCGCAUUUGCCUGGGUUGAUGGCGACUUCUGGGAGCGCUGGCUGCGUACCACCUAUGGUAUUGAUGUGGAACAGGGUGAUCGUGUGAUCAUCAACGACGAAGAUAACCGUCGUUACUGGGAUACUGCUUCUAGCGGAGCUACUAUUAUGGCCUCUCGUACCUCCAUCCUCGAAACCAUCCCUCUCGUCAUCGCAUCCCCACCCAAACUGUCCCCCAAGUCUACUAUCGGCACCUUCGAGACUUUCUUCUUCUUCACCCGCUCCUUCCUCACCAGCCACCCCAUUCUCUUCUUUGUUUUCCUGGGCAUUACCGUUGCCGUUGUCACUAUCGUCGGGCGUGGGCGCCUCUUGCGCCGCGUCACUCGUGGCGGUAUUAUCGGCAACGCGAAUGGCGGCGGUGGCUUCUUCCACCUGGACGGCAAGGAGGGAUUCCUGAAUGGAGGCUCGACCGGCAAGGUCGAUUAA